GGGCCGCUGUUGCUAGCCCCGUCGUCCGCUGCCUUGGCGCUGUUCGCCGGAAGUGACGCGUGGCCGGAAGACGGUCCGUUUCCUGUUGUUUUUUUUUUUAAUCUCCGUUCUGCACCGAACACCGGGGUUCACGUGACACUGGUGACAAGAUGGCGACUCCCGUCACCGCACAGUGCUCCAGUAAAACAUGGGAGCUCAGUCUGUACGAGCUGCACCGCACCCCACAGGAAGCCAUCAUGGACGGUACAGAGAUUGCCGUGUCCCCGCGCAGCCUUCACAGUGAGCUCAUGUGUCCCAUCUGCCUGGACAUGCUGAAGAACACGAUGACCACCAAAGAGUGCCUCCACCGCUUCUGCUCAGACUGCAUCGUCACUGCUCUACGCAGCGGGAACAAGGAAUGUCCCACGUGCAGAAAGAAGCUUGUCUCUAAACGCUCCCUUCGCCCAGAUCCCAACUUCGACGCUUUAAUCUCCAAGAUCUACCCCAGCAGAGACGAGUAUGAGGCCCAUCAGGAUCGCGUCCUGGCAAAGCUGAGCCGGCUGCAUAAUCAACAGGCCCUGAGCAGCAGCAUUGAGGAGGGGCUUAAAAUGCAGGCGAUGAACAGGGCACAGCGGGUCAGAAAACACCAACACGAGUCAGACAACACUACUUUCAGUGGUGGAGAGGACAACUGCGACAGUCGUUCCCAUGUCAGUAAUCCAUCUGUACAUAGCAACCAGGAGGCCGGGCCAAGCCGCAAGAGGUCCCGAGCCUCGGAAGAUUCUGGGGCAGAACCCGAUCUGUCACACGAAGGCGGGGUACGAAGUCCAGACCCACAAGGAACAGGCGAGGCUGGUAGCGAGAUCGAGCUGGUGUUCAGGGCCCAUCCGUUGCUGGUGGAGAAGGACGGUUACAGUCAAACCAGGUUUGUGAAGACCACAGCAAAUGCCACAGUGGACCAUCUCUCCAAGUAUCUGGCCCUUCGGAUCGCUCUGGAGGAACAGGCUCAGAGGGGAGGAACAGAGGCCGUGUCUCUCGGGGAGGUCAGCGAGAAGCAAUACACAAUUUAUAUCUGCGCGGGGGCUGCCGGUGGACAAUACACGACUUUGAAUGGAUCGUUAACCCUGGAGCUCGUCAAUGAGAAGUACUGGAAGGUGAGCAAGCCUCUGGAGUUGUAUUAUGCUCCCACCAAGGAGCAGAAAUAAAAGGGGGCACCUCCCUCGGGGUGUGAGGAGAUAGACUGACUGGAAACCUAGAGACGGUUCUCCUCACACAGUCCCCACCGUAGAGUUAUUCUACAGCCAAACUUAUGUGGUGAGGCACCAAAAA